UCAACAUGGCGGCAACAAUUUUGGAGGAAUUUCUGUUAGCUGAUAACAUGGGCAAGGAUAUGACGUUUCAAGAAUUCCAAAGUUAUUUUACAGAAAAGCUGAGACAUGAUGACAGUUUAAGGCAGUUUUACAAAGCCUUUCGUCGACACCACAAGAAAUUGCACAGUAUCACAAAGAAAAACAUCUACCAACAGUAUGGAGAAGAUGAGACUCCUGUAAACGGGGAAGAUACGAGGUUGAAGGAAAUUGAAGCAACUCUAAUAAACCUAGAUACUGUUAAACUAGACCUCCAGCUGGAGCUUUCUCAAGUGAACAAAGAUAUUCACAAGACAGAUGAACAAAUUGAAAAGUUUUGUGAAACAAUAAGACAGAGCAAUCCACCCAAUAUCUCGGUCACUGCAGAUAGGCAAGACACACUGCAGGCCUUAGAAGAAAUGCUGGACAAAGAUUAACUUGACAAAAAGAAGAAAAAUGGGACUGUCAUUUCACAAAGCACUAACUUAUUUCUG